AAAACAAUAACAUUAUAUUCAACUUCCUUCAAUCAACAAAGCUACCUUAGCUACAAGAUGAAGAGCGAAGGAUCACAAUAACAGCAGCACAGGAGGAGGGCCUGUGGACUGGUUGCAUUGCAGGUCUCCAGCUGUCGACCACUGGGUUAAACCACAGGCAUGAUGAACUGGCGCUACACCGAAUAAGAGGAGUCCUUUCGACAAAUCUAACAGGAGAUCGUGGCAAACUGGCAAUGCCAUGCCGGGAACAGCUGCACUGGAAGCUACUCUCCACCGAAAGUCCUCACUCGUGGACGCCAAAUCUGCUACCCAGGUCCAGGAGCUUGUCUCUAGCUCCAUCGGCGCCACCUGGCCGGACAACCGAAGUGUUACACGUAUUAAUGAGCUCGCCGACCACUUCACUUCACCCCUGCGUUCUCAAAGGAAACGAAGAGCCCACGGUGUAAAAGAAGAGUGAUGCGAUGCAACCUGACGCAGUGUAAAAAGGGCUAAAAUAAAUAAAAAAAUUCCCCUGCACCUAAGGCUACGACCUAACACAUGCUACGUACGAAUGCCGGGUGAAAGAGACGCUGAACGCUGACAUUAGUAGGGAGGAGGACGAGCGUGACGCAGCAGUCAGCGGGGAGCCAUCGCGCGCGGAGUUACAUGUGCGCCAUGGAGCCGGUUCUUCUUCUCCUCUGCCUCUCUCUUCUUGCCAACGGGGCGGAGGCGAAGGUGCUGGGAAGAGAGGCGAGGUUCGGGGGGACAGUGCUCCCGCUGCGGGUGCAGGAGGUGCCGAAGGCGCCUACGCAAGCGCCGGCGAACAGGAUACGGUUCCGCCACGAUGUGAGCCUGACCGUGACGGUGGCCGUGGGCACGCCGCCGCAGAACGUGACGAUGGUCCUCGACACCGGCAGCGAGCUCUCCUGGUUGCUCUGCAACGGGAGCUGUGUGCCGUCCCCGCCUCCGCCGGCCGCGGCGGUGUUCAACUCGUCGGCGUCGUCGACGUACGGCGCCGUCCUGUGCUCGUCGCCGGAAUGCCAGUGGCGCGGGCGGGACCUCCCCGCCCCUCCGUACUGCGACGUGCCGCCGGCGCCAUCGAACGCCUGCCGCGUGUCGCUCUCCUACGCGGACGCCUCCUCGGCCGACGGGCUCCUUGCUACCGACACCUUCCUCCUCGGCGGAGCACCGCCUGUGCACGUCCUCUUCGGCUGCAUCACCUCUUACUCGUCCACCUCCGACAACGGCAACAACGCUACCAACUCCUCGGAGGCGGCGACGGGCCUCCUCGGCAUGAACCGGGGCAGCCUGUCUUUCGUGACUCAGACGGACACCCGCCGCUUCGCCUACUGCAUCGCCCCCGGGGACGGACCCGGCCUCCUCGUCCUCGGCGGCGACGGCGCUGCGGCGCCGCCGCUGAACUACACGCCGCUGGUCGAGAUCUCGCAGCCGCUCCCGUACUUCGACCGAGUGGCCUACUCCGUGCAGCUGGAUGGCAUCCGCGUCGGCCGCGCCCUGCUUCCCAUCCCCAAGUCUGUGCUCACACCGGACCACACGGGCGCCGGGCAGACAAUGGUCGACUCCGGCACGCAGUUCACCUUCCUCCUCGCCGACGCCUACGUGGCGCUCAAGGGUGAGUUCCUGAACCAGACGCGCGCGCUCCUCGCCCCUCUCGGCGAGCCGGACUUCGUGUUCCAGGGCGCGUUCGACGCGUGCUUCCGCGCGCCAGAGGCCCGGAUGGACGCGGCGAGCCGGCUGCUCCCGGAGGUGGGCCUCGUCCUCCGCGGCGCGGAGGUGGCGGUGGCCGGGGAGAAGCUCCUGUACAGGGUGCCCGGCGAGCGGCGCGGGGAGGCGGGCGCGGAGGCGGUGUGGUGCCUGACGUUCGGGAACUCGGACAUGGCGGGGAUGUCCGCGUAUGUGAUCGGGCACCACCACCAGCAGAACGUGUGGGUGGAGUACGACCUCCAGAACGGCCGCGUCGGCUUCGCGCCUGCCCGCUGCGACCGCGCCACCCAGCUCCUGGGCGCCGUAGCCUAAGCUUCGACGCGUGCAUUCACUGCACCUGUCGUCUUUAGCUUUCGACAUGGAUAACAGCAGCACAGCAGCAGGGCGCGAAAUCGUUGGCAGAGGUCAGGUAUUAAAGAUGGUCUCUCCGAUCACCUGCUGCUGUGGUAACUGGGGUGAUGGUCGUUAUAUUGUGCGAUCAAGUAUACAUGUUUAAUGACAAAGUGAUAUAAGUUUUGGAUUCAUUGUGCCUUUCUUAGAGAAGUUUGUCACUUUUCAGAGCCUCCCUUUUUCUUCCUGCCGCUACACAGAGAUUGGUUCCGCGGCGGCACCCGCCACCCCUUCCUCCUUUCCCUGUCCCCCUCCUUUUUUUCUCUCUUUUUCCUCUGAUCUGGUGCUCUUGUGCCGUGCAUUUUCAUGUUGUGGUUGUGGCUGGCCGGCAUCGCCGUGCUCCUCUCCACUACUCGUAGAUUCGCUGCUCCCUCCUCUCUAUGCCCAUGUUUUAGAUCCGGAUCUGGCGUUGGCUGCAGGAGAUGGGGUGGAACGCAUCCCGCGCGCGAGGACGAGGGGUUUAAUCUCCCGUGGCCUCUCCGGUCGGCGGUCAACCGGGGGCUAUCGGAAUACGGUGGCGGGUCAACGUCUCAACUCCUGGUUGGUCAGACUUCGCCAUUAUGCAAGAACAGUACACAUCGUGCUUUCGUUCAUCGGCAGCGGUGGCGGCGACCAAGGGCUUAUAGUUUUAAGGCAUGUUUAGUUUUUAUGCUAACUUUGUUAUUAUUUGAUAUAA